GGGGAAGUUCAUAAGAAAUCGUCUGACACUGAAACAUUAAAAAAAGAUCUCUUAGGCCUUGUAAAGGAGUCUUGGCUCAAGCAAGGAGAAUUGCUUCAACUGUGUUCGUCCUAUUCAACCAGGACCAGCCCAAGAAGUGGAGGAAUAGAGCUUAGCCAUCUGGAUUUAAGAAGCUGAAAAUCAUGUCUCUUCCCCGACAGCUGCGAGAAAAGAGUGAUUUUGACCAGCUUCCAGAUGAUGUACCUGUUUCAGCUAACAUUGCAGAUAUUGAAGAAAAGAAAGGCUUUACUAAUUAUUAUAUGUUUGUCAUUGAAGUAAAGGUUAAAGGUGGUGGUAGAUACCUGAUUUUCCGACGCUACCGUCAGUUCUAUGCCCUGCACACCAAACUAGAGGAGAGAUAUGGGGCAGAGAGCAAUAAUAGCCCUUUUAGCUGCACACUCCCUGUAUUGCCAGGAAAAGUUUAUGUUGGGUCCAAAAAGGAAAUUGCUGAGAACAGGAUUCCUAUCCUAAACAUCUACAUGAAGAACCUACUCUGCCUACCCGUUUGGGUAUUGAUGGAUGAGGAGGUACGGCUGUUCUUCUACCACUCAACCUUUGAUGGUGAACAGGUGCCUCACAGACUGAGACGACUUCGCCCACGGACACGCCGAGUUAAAAGCGUUUCACCUCAAGUGCCUAUUUUUGAUCGCAUGGCAGCUCCACGGGCUGAGGCGCUGUUUGAUUUUUCUGGAACCAAUAAACUGGAACUCAGCUUCAAGAAGGGAGACUUGAUCUAUCUACUCAGCAGAGUAAACAAAGACUGGUUGGAGGGAACAGCUGAUGGUGUCACUGGGAUUUUCCCAUGUGCUUUUGUGAAGAUCAUAAAAGAUUUACCACAGCAGGAAGACACAGUUAAUAAAGUUCGCUGUUAUUACCAUGAUGAGACUGUGAGCACUAUCAGGGAUAUCUCAGUGGAAGAAGAUCUGAGCACCAUUCCAUCUUUCAAAGAUCUCAUGGAAUUGAUAAGGCGGGAGUUUGACCAAGAUGACAUUGUUUUGAAUUACCGAGACCUUGAUGGUGAUCUGAUCCGGCUGCUCUCUGAUGAGGAUGUUGAACUCAUGGUGUCUCAGAGCAGAAGAAGGCCCUCUGAGAAGCAUUUCUUCCCUUGGAAGUUGCACAUCACUCACAAAGAUGACUUGGGUGUCUACAACACUAGUCCAGAAAUAGGUGCCACUCAAACAAUAAGAGCAACAUAA